CGCACACUAUGUCAAACCGAUCGGUCGCGUGUUUAUGUUUCAAAUCCAAAUUCAGAAAAGUGAAAAUUCUAAAUUCUAAGUGCACAUCUAAACCAAGUACUGCAGUAGCUGAAUCAACCAUCAGCAACUUUAGCACAUCUCCUACUCGUCAUCAAACUCGUAUCACGUUUGAUCUCGGCUUCCAGUUUGAUCUGCCGGAUAACCUGAAAGGGUUGGGUUUGAACGUGUUCAGUUCACGUUCGUUGAAGGUGCUGGCCAUGCCAGCCUCAUCCGGAUCAUCAUCGGCCAUGUCAACCUCAUCCGGACGAUCAUCGGCGAUGCGUAGAUCACCAAUAUGA